AAAAGAAACAAGCGAAAUGUUUGAUGUUGCGCUGAAAAGUGCUGGGGCAGCCGUGGUUCUGGCAACAUCUAGCGAUGAUAACUACCCACCGGAGAAUAUGAUAGACGGAGACACUCAAACAUUCUGGGCUUCCACUGGAAUUUUUCCUCAGGAAUUCAUUCUGACUUUCACAUCAGUAGUCAACAUAGCAAGAAUUGAAUUAUGUUGUUCAAAUGUGAAAAAUGUUAUUUUUGAAAAGUGUAAAGACCCAGAUCCACUGAAGUUUGAGAAGAUAACAGAAAGAGAAUUGACACAUGGUGAUGGCCAGCUACAAAAUGAGGAUAUUUCAGUGAAUGGGGCAGAAGCGCAGCACUUGCGAGUUGUCAUAGAAUCAGCUUAUGAUCAUUUUAUAUCUAUACACAGAAUCAAUGUCCAUGGGAACGCUGUCCGUGGAUAAAACUUAAUAAAUUACUUACUACUUUUACAGAGGAGAAGCAAUGAAAAAAUAGGACCAAAUUUAUUACAAACAACUAAAAAACAAUCUGGAUAUAUCUUUUAUAGAUGGGAAUACAAAUAACUAUGUGUUACAUUAUUCCUGUCUCAGACUAGCUAUGAUGAUAGUUACUGAUGAGGUGUUGUCCUGUCUCAGACUAGCUAUGAUGAUAGUUACUGAUGAGGUGUUGUCCUGUCUCAGACUAGCUAUGAUGAUUAGUUACUGAUGAGGUGUUGUCCUGUCUCAGACUAGCUAUGAUGAUAGUUACUGAUAAGGUGUUGUCAUGUCUCAGACUAGCUAUGAUGAUUAGUUACUGAUGAGGUGUUGAACUUCUGUUGGUCUCUUACAUAUCUUUACCUGGUGUUAGAUUGUAGUCAAUAUUUGGUCAUUUAUGACUUGAUAAUCCGUCCAGUUUUCAUGUGUCCGUUGUGUUCAUUCUCAAACACCAGGAAAAGGAUUUACAUUCCAUCAAAUAUAUCUGAAAUAACCAAACAUAUCAUUGUAAAAGCAGUUUGUGAGGUUUUUUAUUAUAAUAAAUUCUUUUCACAUCUU